AUGGCUGAGGAUUCGAAGCCUGAAUUUUACCUAAGGUGGAAACACUGUGAGACACCAGGUAUUAAGACUCUGUGCAGUCUAAGGACACUUCUGAACAAACUCCAGAAGGACCACAGAGAUGAUGUCUACAGGUACACCUCCGGACACCUGAACCCCAGCAAGCUCUACAGGCCUCUGGAGACAAUCCUGCAUCACUGGCCCAAUGCCAACAGGCCCAAGGAGGCAAACGUCUUGGGAGGAGAAAAGCCAUCUGACAAGAAGGCUGAAAAGAUGAAAGGUGCUUUAGCUUAUUUUGGCAUCAACACAGCUGUGGGCCCAGACGAUGCCGAGAACACACCGCUCUUCAGGUAUUUGAACCCUCUGACACGUGGUUCCCACGCUUCGGAGGAGGAUUCGAUUCCAAAGAAGGGUUUGAGAGAGGAAGGUGCCCCCGAACGGCCAGAGAGAGAAGAGCUCAGAUGGCCCAAGAUGAAGGUUCUGAAGUACAAAGAAGUGAAGUCCAGCCGUGAGUGUGCGAUGUGGCCCCCAGGCAGGGACGAGUUCCUGUACCUCAGCUCACACUUGGCUGGCAUAACAAAAGCAGACAAGUACAGGAAGUUCAUGAGUUUCCAGAAACAAGUUCUUGCAAAGCAAGAUGUCUUGAAGAGGGACUUCACUGGGAGCAAGGUGGCGACGUGCCAUGAAAAGAAGCUGGAGCAGAAGCUCCAGAAAAUAUGUGUCUGUGACCCUGAAGAGUUCAACAGACUACAGGUCUUUGGAGAAGUCUUUGAAGAUAUUUGCAAUAGUUCUUUGAUAUUUGGUGAUAUCUUGAAAGAAAUUAAGGAUGAAUAUGAACUCUACAUGUCAUUGCUUCUGAAGACCCAGCCCACAGAACAGAAGACUUUGCUGACUCACAUCCAUGGGCUGGAGACGAGGAGGGUGAGGACCGCAGAUGUCAACCAGGCCAGGGAGGAGCUGAGGGCGCUCGUGAUGGCCAUCAAAGCAGCCCUGGACCGUAAUGACAAACUCAAAAGUGAAUUGGAGCUGGAACGCAUGCUGCUGCAAUCCACUAAGAAGAGAUCAGAAUCACCUGAGAAAAAUGUAAUGAAGGAGGAGUGCCUUACUCUUAUUGAGAAGGUUGAAAAAAAGAGGUGUGAAGUGCUUAAUAAAUGGGAUGAAAUUCAAACUCUUGAAAGAGAAAUUAAAACAACUUUGGUUCAUACUGGAAUUUUGCAUAUCACCGAGAAAAAGAUUAAAAGCUUAGAGACUGAAACUAUAAAGUUGGAGACAGAAAAUAAAAUUUUAAAGAAGAAAAUACAAUUUAUUGAAAACCAUGUGAAGUGGAUCAUGGGGAAGAGCAAGCUGAGUGAGGGGGAGCAACAGAACCUUUGGGAAUUUAUUAAUGAAUUUGUAAAAUUAAAACAGACAGAUAACUCUUAA